AUGAGUCAGCAACUGAAGAAAAGAGCAAAAACCAGGAGUCGGAAAGGCCUGGGUGGAAGAGACCUCAGAGGAGCUAAGACAAGCCGAGCCAAGCCAAGCCCAGCCCAGCAGGCAGAAAUGGAACCAUUCAACAUGACAUUGGCCUCAUAUGAUGAAGAUAUGUGCUCUGAGACCAGCCACCCAGCUGCUGGAGAGGAUGACUUCCCCGACUCUUACAUAGAAUGCAUAAUCAGAGGUGAGUUUUCUCAGUCCAUCCUGGAAGAGGACUCACUUUUUAAGUCCUUAGAACACCUAAAGGAAACAUCAGAACAAGAGCUUUCUCAACAGGUUCUUGAAGCAAGCUCCCUUCUUGAAUGUUCUUUGGAAUACAUGAGAAAAGAGGCAGAGCAAAAGCUUCCGCAACAGGUUGUUGCAGAGAGUUCGCUUCCUGAGUAUUCUGAGUACAUGACAGGCAAGAAGCUUCCACCUGGAGGAAUUCCUGGCAUCGACUUAUCAGAUCCUAAACAGCUUGCAGAAUUUGCUAGAAAGAAACCCCCCCCAAAUAAAGAUUGUGAUGCUCCAGAGACAAUUGUGUGUCCUCAGAGUGGAUGCACAAGGAAGUUGAAGAAUAGAGCUUCCCUGAAAAAGCAUCUCGUUGUUCAUGGUCCCCGAGAUCACGUAUGUGCAGAGUGCGGGAAAGCGUUCAAUGAGAGCUCCAAACUGAAAAGGCAUUUUCUGGUUCAUACAGGAGAGAAGCCAUUUCUGUGCACUUUUGAAGGAUGCGGAAAACGCUUUUCCCUGGACUUCAAUCUGCGUACACACAUACGCAUCCACACUGGGGAGACACGUUUUGUGUGUCCCUUCCAAGGCUGUACCAAGAAGUUUAUUCAGUCAACUAACCUGAAAUCUCACAUCUUAACUCAUGCAAAGGCAAGAAUCGGUGAAAAGGAAGAUGAAAAUAGUCCUUCAGUAGAAUAG